AUGAGUGGUGGUGAUAUUCGUUCUGAUGUUUCACAAUCAUUUGCAGGCAAUAUUGGUCGUUUAGAAUUAGCUAAACUAGCUAGUGUAUUAUCCGUACAAAAUUUUCCUGUUUAUCCAGCACAUGAAUUUAUCAUAAAUGCAUUUUAUGUAACUGAUUUUAAUCAUGAACAUCCACCAAAUUAUGUUAAUUUAGCUGAAAUACGUGUUUAUAGUCUUGAACGUAUACCUGCAAAUGCUUUUCGUCAAUUUCCUAAUAUACAUACUUUAUCAGUUGAAACUGAUGGAGAUAUUGAUCUACAUGCAUUUGAUGGUUUAACUCAUUUAGAAAAAUUAACAAUUAAAAGUGCAAAACUAAAUUUAGAUAUUUUCAAUAGUUUACCAAAUCUUAAAGAAUUUGAAACAAAUAUUGAAAAAUUAGAUGAAAAAACACAAUGUAAAUUAGUUGAAAAAUUAGCUAAUGGACAAUUUGCUGUUCAAGCUAUUCCAAAUGGUCUUAAAUGCACAUGUGUAUUAGCUUAUUUGCAUACAGCUGUUGAACGAGCACCAUGUGAUGCACAACAUUGUGAAAAUUCAUCAUGUGAUGCAAUUAAAAAUAAUUACAAUGCAACCACUCGUACAUUUAAUGUUCCACCACCUAUCCAACGUUCAGAUGGUACAAAUGCUUUACAUGAACGUGAACCACGGGUGUAUACCGUACCAUUUCAAAUAGCAUCUCAAGAUCAAGAAAACUUUCAACAAGGUACAUCACAACAACCACUAGAAGCUGAUCCUCAAAGAUCUGAUACUGAUGAACAAAAUCUAUGGGAAUCAGAUCAAUCUUCUAAUCUCGAAGUUGGCAAAUAUCUUUAUGAAGAUCAAUGUAUUUUAUGUACGCCUGGCUACUAUUGUCCAGAUGGUAAAAAUCGUAUAACUUGUCCACAAGGAAAGAUUGCUCCGGGAUACGGAUUCUCAGUUUGUAAAGAGUGUCCUGAAGGAUGGUAUUCAACAUGCGAUACACAGGAAACAUGCAUCAUGUGUCCGAAAGGUUUUUAUUGUCCAACAAGUGACCAAGAGCCACAAGCAUGUCCCGUUGGAUAUUAUAGUCACUAUGCUGCCACUGAGUGUACGAAGUGCCCUUCAGGAUAUUAUACGACCUAUACAAAUUCAAGCUAUUGUUUUCAAUGUCCAAUGGGCUACUCCUGUACGGAUUCAACCCAGUGCCCACAGCCAUGUCCAGCUGGAACGUAUCAACCAGAUAUCAUGUCCACAUCAUGUGAACCAUGUCCUGAUGAACAUCAAUGUGGAACUACUACAAAUCUUCUUCAGUGCACAGCAACAUCGUGUAUUCAAGCAGAAGCAUGGUCAUGCGACCAGAGUCAAUUGGGUCCUCCAGCAUCUGUUUGCACAAAUAUUGGUUAA